UGACAGUUAUUCAAAAAUGGCCUUGAAGUCGAUAUGACUGAAGGCUUCCGAGUCCAGUUCUGACUGAAAAUCACGCGCACGGAUACAUGUUUUCAUAUAUUUUGUUUAAGUUGUUUUUAUAAAUUGUCAACAAACGAAAUAAACGUGGAUGAGCCGUCACAUUAAAGAGAAGAAAUCGGACUUUGGGCGAUGGAAAUGGUGUUUGGAUGACCAAAGAAGGACAAAAAGCCGAGGUCUCACUCCGUCAUCGUUUCACACUUACAUAACGUGGUUAUAAAAGUGUGAAGCCUCUGGUGGAUUGAAGCUUUUUGCGAAUUAUUUAGCUAAAAGGGCUACCGCUAGCUCUGGCAACAAGUGGACACCGCACCGCGCCGUUCCUCGCUCCGGUAUGAUGCCAGGUGAAAGCAACAUGACCUCCAUCGUGCAGAGAAUAGCCCGGCAGGCCCUCGUCACCUUCAGGAGCCCGCCCCGGGUCGGCGAGGAGGCCGCAAAGUCUUUCCUGGAGAACCAGAGCAAGCUGAAGAGUCUGAUGACGGAAGUGCGCGCCGCGGACCUGAAGCUGGCGCCGCGGCGCGGCGACGACAGCCCGCCCGCCGCGUCCCCGGCGCUCCCCUACCAGCACGCCGGGCCCCCGGUCACCUACAUGCACAUCUGCGAGACGGACCAGUUCAGCAUGGGGGUGUUUCUGCUGAAAAGCGGCGCCUCCAUCCCGCUGCACGACCACCCGGGCAUGCACGGCAUGCUCAAAGUCAUGUACGGCAAGGUCAGGAUCAGCUGCUUCGACCGAGCGGAGCGACCCGCCGGCGGCCCGCAGGAGGCGCCCCCGCUCCCCCCGGCCCAGGCGGGCGCUCUGCUGCGCUCCGUGCUCCGCUCCACCGAGGAGUACACGGAGGAGAGCGGCCCGUGCGUCCUCUCGCCCGACCGGGACAACCUGCACCGGAUCGACGCCGUGGACGGCCCCACGGCGUUCAUGGACAUCCUGGCGCCGCCGUACGACCCGGACGACGGCAGGGACUGUCACUACUACAAGGUCCUGACGGAGGCGGAGGUCCAGGACGCGGAGCAGAAGGAGAAGGAGGUCUGGCUGGUGGAGAUCUCGCAGCCGCCGGGCUUCUGGUGCGGCGGGGAGCCGUACCCGGGCCCGGAGGUGUGCCUCUGAUCCGCCCGCGACGCGCCUCCCGUCCUCGGGUGGGUCGGUUCUUUACCCGGGGCGCUUUUGGAUUUGGUUUGGACAGAGAAAAGGGGAAAAAAAUCGAAUCAUGCAUCCAUGUGAAGGCUUCCGUCCCCCAAGAGAAGCCACGGCACACGGAAGAGGUGACCUCGUUGUUAGGUGGUGUACACAGGUGAAACGGAAAGGACUCGAGUUUUACUUUUUAGCCCACGUGACAUUGGAGGCUGAGGCGUCGCUAAGCAACAACCUGUUUGUACUGCUGAGCAGUGGUUCAUAUAUUUCUUUUACCCCCCCUAGAAAGAAAACACAAUCAAUGGGUUGAUGAUUGGCUUCUACUUGCUAAUUAUCUGAUGACGUCUGAGUGUUGAUGAUUGAAGCUGUAAAAAAAAAAACAGCCACUUGAUUUAGCCUUAUUUAAAGUGCGAAUCAGUUGAAGGGCAGAAAAAAGCACCAUAAUUGGAGCCACAAACAAAGCUAAAAUAGACCCUAUGAAGUAUUUUUGCAGGAGAAAGGCCAAGAAAUGCCAAAUUGAUGAUGUGCAGGGCGUUAAUGCCGCGCUCAAGUGCAGCCAGGAAGUCUGCUGCUUGCAUGCAGGUCCAAUAGAAACUCAGAUGGUCCCGUUUGUUUUCUUUUCCCCCCACCUUUUCAAAUACACAACACGCCGGCUUUUAGUAUUGCAUGGAGAGCUUGCUUUUGAUAGGAAAGCUAAUGGUGUUUAUUUAUAACGUGCCGUCACACUAACAGUCGCUGUCCGUUGCAUGAGGGAUGCAACGCUCCUCCACUGAAAGGAUCUCCUCUGUGGAACGUGCCUGCAGACCAAAGAGGGACACGUGUCCUUGUCAAGCGUCUUCCCGGCUUCAGGCUGCGUGGCCUUUAGUUCCAGUCGGAUCAACAACUGGGAUCUUCAGGCGUCUUCGUAGACUUUGCGUUGUGUUUUCAAACUGUUUCCUGUCUGUUUUUGUGUGUGUGUGUUUUUAUUCCUCCUUUUCUUUUGUUUCGUUGGAUCUUCAGCACUAUUUAGAGAUUUGUUCAGCUGGCGGGUUUUCAGGAGACUGUUAUGAAGGAUCCGUACAAAGCUUCUCAGCACAAAGUGUGACGUCGGUUACAUUGAAUAGAGAGGUUUUCACUUUUUCGGCACAAAAUGUAAAAGAAAACAAAAAAGAUGUCCGCAUUCAUUACAAUUUUCAGGAAUGCAAGGUGAAAGCGAGGCUUUGGGUUCCUGAUGUUUAUAGACUGAAAAGUGGGAAGUGAAGCCUAAAGUAAGGUUUUGUUCAAUAAUAAUAAUGUUUAUUCUGAAACUAUGGCAGUAAAGCACUUUCAGAACAACUAAAAUCUCUGGACGGUUUGGGCAUUUUGGAUUUAGUUUUAUUUCCAACUUCUUCACGAUUUGAUGAGAGAAAAGUUGUCGGUUUGAGAGCAGCGAGCGAGACUCGUGUUCUGUGUGCCGUAUCACUGUGGGAAUAAAAGGCCGUAUAGGCGACGAGUCGAAUUGUUUCUCUCCCCGGAAUCUAAACGUGCCCCAAACGAUCAGCAACUGAAUCCAAGCAUUUUGCCUCUAAUUGAAAGUUUUCUGUCUGUUUGUAUGAAAUGAGCUAAAAACGUCCUGCUUCAUUUGCUUCAGGAUGUGAUUAAAGAAAGUAAACCUGAUGCCUUUAGAUUCAUUUAUGGUGAUGUUGCCUAUUGAAUCAAGUUGUUGAUGUCUUUUUUUAAAUAAAAUGUCAUAUUUCUACA